CUGCUUACAGAGAGUUGCGCUGCUGCUCACAAUUGCGCCAUUAAACAGAGCAUGGGAAAAGUCGCAAAAGCAAAGUUUUAUAAUUCUUCCCACAAAUCAGUCCACAAAUAACAACAAUAGACCUAUGGCAUAACACGUAAUAGGCCGAGGAUUCAGCUGGUGUGCGUUCUGCAGAAAAGCCAAGCAACUAUAAAAAGCCCCAAAAGCUGGCCAGCAGCAAGUGGGCCGUGAGUGGUGUGGCGGGUGGGUGUGUGGGUCCGUCCCCAAGAAGUGUUAUCUAGUUGCGUAGGCUCUGAUGCCUGCGGAGAUAAGACCCGGACCUGGAGCCGUAACCAGGCGGAUCAACCCAUCCCGGAAUCGCCAUGGGCUGCAUCACCAGCACCAACAAGCUGAAUGAGCUGCGCCACGACAACGUCUUUCGGGUGCGAGUGGCGCACCUGCAGCCCAGUCCUGGGACGCCCAUCAUUCGCAGCGGCUACCUGGAACUGACGCCGCGUGAAUUGAUCUUCCUUACGCCCGGUUGCGAACCGAUUGUGUGGGCCCUGCAGCAUCUACGUCGCUACGGCCUCAAUGCGGACCUCUUCUCGUUCGAGGCGGGGCGACGCUGCAUGUCCGGGCCCGGCAUUUACACGUUUCGAGUGCACAAUGCCGAACAGCUUUAUCCGAUGUUCCAGCGCUACAUCAAUGCGGUCAACACGGACGCCUUUGCCCAAGGCGAACGUGAGAGAAUCAACUCGGCGCACUCCGUGUCCGUGCUGAUGGGGCGCACGGACGCGAAUCCACACAGCAACAACUACUUGGAGCCAGCACCAAUAAUCGCUCGGAACCUAGGUAGCUCUCUGCCAGAAUCCGCCAAUGCCAAUGCCUCCUUUCAGAUGCCAAUGCAGAUGCCGACUGAGACCACAGCCCAGCUUGAGGAUUCGCAAAGUCUCCACUCGCCCGUGUUGCCCUUUACGACGUACGCCAAUGCCCAGACCAAUGUUUAUCUCGACCAGCCGCUGAGGGCUAUACCAGAUUGCUGCAAAGAUGGAGGAGCCUCCACGGGGGGCAUGCCCGCCAGCAAGGACACGCCGCCCAGCAGGCUGAGCAUGCGUCGCCGCACGCUGGAUAUGCCACCGCUGGAGACGGCACCACCACCAGCUCCCGCCACUCCCAUUGAGGGCUUGCACAUGUAUGCCAAUGUGGAGACGCCCGUCUUCGACCUAAUCACGGAGCGCUGCUAUGAGAAUGUGAACCGCUUGGAACUGCCGCUAUUGCCGCCGCUGCCACCACGCGAGGUUAGUCGCGAGUCCUCCGAGCCUGCCACGCCCACCAGUCUGGCGGGCAACUUCAGUGGCGUAAACUAUAUAGUCCUUGAUCUGGAUCAGCCGCGCAGCCCCGUCAGCCAGUGCUCACCCCGGUUGUAUAAUGGCUUUGGCAGCGGUCUCUCCUUGGUCACUGUUACCACCGCCGAAUCUUUGGCACAGGCCAAAACAGCGCCCGUUACACCGGAGGCGAGCUCCCUGCUGGAUGUGGUCAUGCCACCGCCCCAGUCCCAUAGCCUGAACAGUGUGUCCAGUGCAGUGGCGACGGCGGACAUGGUAGACACAGCGCCGUGCAAGCCAGCAUCCAAAGCAGCAGUAGAGUCAUCCACAACGCAGGGCUAUUCCACCAUUGACUUUAUUCGCACCUACGCACUGAACAAGUCAUCGACAGAGUUGCCGGAGCUGCGCCAUCAUCCGCCGCACGAGGCCGAGGAGUUGAGGAUAACGCGGCACAGCAAAUGCAUCCGGAAAGCCUACUCGAUCAGCGAAUGAACUGCCGCAGCAGCAGCAGCAGCGGCAGGCACGGGCACAACGAAUUUUAUCAGCGCCAAGCCAAAAGGGGGGCAAAGCACUACCCCAAGGUAUAUUAAAUACAGGGUAAGGGGUGUGGUGUCCCCACUCUCUUUAUAUUUAAUGUACUUUGACACAAAUGGUAAACCAGCAGGUUGUUUCAGUCACGUCACACACAUGACUUGCAUACGUACUUAUUAUGUAUUUAUAUAGUGGUAUUUAGGCAUAACGGGCUGUUUAGAGCUAGUCAUUUCGAUAUUUUAUGCAAAUUAAUCGUAGACAAAACAUGACAGAAAGGCUUUUAAAACUUAAUUUAUAUGUACUAUAUUGUAUAUUGUACAUGUGUAAGGUUUGUAGUUUUUAAGCACAUGAAAGAAUUGUUGUGGAAUGGGGGGAAACGCUUUUGUAGUUUUCUUUUUUGUUGCCAAAGAAAAAAAACAAACAGAAAGCAUCGCCGCAUUGCAUUGUCAGCUGUGAGUUUCUAGUUUUUUUUAUAUAUCGCUAAAUUGUUAUCCAAGUUGUUAGGUACACAUACACACACACACACACAUAAGGUUUUUUGCAGUUGCAUACAACAUACAUCCAAACAUUAAAUAUUAUUAUUGUUAGUGUCUAAGACGAAUUUGUGCAAUAAAACGAAAGGACCUUGUAA